CAACAAAACUUGCUGUUCACUGACUAUCGCUGCAUCUUACGGAGCGGGCAUAUCUUGAAGUGUAUUCGGUAUUGAGGUUCCCCCUAUCAACAGGACAGGAUGGCACUUCUCGAUUACCCUAUUCCAGAGCUAGAUGUCACCUUACAAGAGGCAAGCCGUGUGCUCCAGCUCACCCUGAGCCCCGAGCUCUACCCUCAAUUCAAAAACACCCUUAGCCAACAGAGGGAGGUUCUGCAGGAGGCCCAAAACUGCUUGGCGGCUGCCGCCUCUGGCCGAGAGAACUGGGUGACAGAGCAAUUCAAGAGUCGGCUGCUCUCAUGCACCGACCCACUGCCCACCUCGACAGCCAUCCCCGCUGUCCUGUCCCCCUCCAGAGCCAAGAAGGAGUGUGCCCAACUUGAGAGGGCUGCCACUCUGCUCUGGGCUGUGGCCAAGAUGUAUAGUGAGCCUUCGCUGGUAGAGGGAGAGGGGCAAACUGAGCGCACACAGCAAUCAGAGGUGUUUGCUGCCAGCCGCAUUCCUGGGAAGACCCAAGAUGAGAUUAAAGUAUACCCAGACUGCCUCCAUGCCAUCGUAAUCUGUGCUGGAGAGGUAUUUUCAGUCAACAUACUGCAGCGUCUCAGCCCAGGUGGUCCUAUGUCCCCUUUACCGUUCCCUGACAUCUACAGCCAAGUGGCUCAUGUGAUGAGCCAACAUAGAGCUGCCAAGAACAAUGAGCCCUCUGCCAUCUGCGGCCUCUCUGCCCUGCAGCGGCAAGCCUGGAGUGCAGUGAGGGAGGAGAUCCUUAGAGCAGGUGGGGAAGCGGCCGCCUCACUGGGGUUGAUGGAGAGUGCUGUGGUGGCUCUCUCCCUGGAAGACUGCAAUCCACCAGCUGAUCUGGCAGACACCCUCAACGCUGUCAGACUGGGAGGAGGAGAUGGUCCCUGUCUGAGAUACUAUGACAAGGUGGUGAACCUGGUGGUAUUCAAAGACAGCACAGCAGGGAUGGUGUUUGAGCACAGUGCACUGGAUGGAAUGGUGGCUGGGUUAGUGGCUGAGACUGUGUGGUAUCUCUCUGAGUCUCUUAAUGUGGACCUAGUCCAGGCCAACACAGAAAGCAAUGGGUCAGCCUAUCUUAACAAGGCUGAUUCCUCCUCCCCAAGACCCCUAGCAUUCCCACUAAAGGGUAUAACUAAAACAGACCACCCAAAGUCCUCCCCUAAAGCAAUUCAUCCCAUAAUCACAUUUGAGGUUCCCUCUUACCCAGAUGUCUUUGCUACCCUCCGGGGUCACAGGGGCCUGUACGAUGCCUGGAUCAACUUUUCCUUGCAGCUCUCCCUAAGGCAGACUCUUGGGGAAUCUGCUGCCAGCCACAUUCUUGUAACCCCUACCCAUAUGCGUCACUACAAGCACGGCCGCUGCGAUCCGACAUACUCCCUCACCAUGCAGUCCUGCCAGCUCAUUAGUGCUUUGGAAUCCUGCAUCGGACCAGAUAACAAUCCUCGAUACACGAACGAACUGCUCCGUCUGUUCCAUGUGGCUUUCCUGGAGCACAAGAACCUGAUCAAAGCCACUAAAAGUGGACAUGGUGUGGGCCCUCACCUCGCAGCCCUACGCUGGUCCAUGUCUCCAGACAACCCUCUCAAGAAGUUUCUUGACCCCUUUGGGUACCCCUCCGUUUAUCUUACUGGCAAGGAUUUGAUGGAGGGAGUGGAGCUUGCUGUAGGGAAUGUGUACGCUAAAGACCAACUGGCUGUAACCUACCUGGGGAGGAGAGACCGGGUCCGUAUGGUGCUCAAUGGGAAAGGCACCUUUGCCACAGUGUUGGAGAAGCUUCAAGAUAGCCUGAAAGUAAAUCUGAAGCUGGUGAUGCUUCUCGCUGUCAGAUAUGCCGUAGCCGGGCAAAUGGGAGCAAUGGAGUGUCUGCUGCAAGAAGGACAAGUAGGAAGAAGGAAUGGAUCCACCCAAGGGGAAAUUCACAAAAGUAUUUAUCCAGCAGGCCAAAAACAAGGCAAGACAAUGUCCAAGUCAACACUUCCCUCUGACUCUGCCUCCAACAUGAGUCCAGACUUUACUCUGGUGAUCCAUGGUGGAGCUGGGGAGGAGAUGAUGCUAAAUACAAAGGUGGUAGAGGUCAUUGAAUUUGCUCUGCAGACAGCCCUGACCCUCGGAGCACAAGUGCUACAACAAGGAGGCAGUAGUCUUGACGCAGUGCAGCGGAGUGUGCAAGCUCUUGAGGACUGCUUUCUGUUCAACGCCGGGAAGGGAUCGGUUUUCAACAAAGAUGGGAAAAAUGAGAUGGAGGCGACCAUAGUAGAUGGAAAUGGGAUGAACUCUGGGUCGGUGGCUUGUGUGCAGAGUGUGAAGAACCCAGUGAAAGCAGCAAGACAGGUCAUGGAGAAGAGUGCACACUCACUCUUAGUAGGGGAAGGUGCAGAAGAGUUUUUGCAAGGCUUAGAAGAGAGUGAGAAGCCAAUGAGGGCGGAGUACUUCCAAACUGAUAUCCGUCGCAGAGAGCUGAUAGCAAAACUCAGUGCUGGCAAUGCCUCCAAGAACAACCAUCCACAGACAGUGGGAGCUGUUGCUUUGGAUCGGUGGUGUAGGUUAGCUGCUGCAACGUCCACUGGUGGGUUGGUGGGAAAAUGGAAGGGUCGAGUUGGGGACACAGCAGUAGUGGGAGCAGGUAUAUUUGCUGAUGACAAGCUUGCAGUAACCUGCUCUGGUGAUGGAGAUGUGUUUCUAAGGCACACAGUUGCUCAAAAAGUAGCCAGUCUCUACCAUCAUAAAGGCUACAGCCUUCGGGCAGCAUGUCGAGAAGUCAUGUCGGAGAACUUGAAGGGCAGCUGUGCUGGAAUCAUUGCUGUAGACGCCAAAGGCGAUGCUGUUGUUGAAACCAAUGCUGGGGUGUUGUUUGUAGCAUCCAUGGUUGGUGGCAUUGCACGUGUCGAAGUCCUAAGACCCAUGAAGAGUUAUUCCAAUGUGAUCUGGGAGACUGACAAACUAGUUGCUCACCUACACUCAAACCCUUGGACACCAGGUGCCACCAUCCUUACCCAAAAGACUCUGAGUGGACCGAGCAGCAUCUUUCAGUUGGCUGUACCAGAUUUCUUAGAACUGUUGCAAGGAGCACGGGCUGUUUCAAACCUGCUAUGCGAACGACUGGGGGUACAGCGUUGCGCCCUAGUAUUUAACCCACAUCCCGAGACCCCGGCCCAUAUCCGAGUGCUACCACUUCAUGGCCUGGAAACCAACUGGUGCCCCCAUCUGACCGGGGAGGAGGACUUUCAGCCCUGUGACCCAGGUUACUGCAGCUCAAAGAGUGGCCCACGCUGGGAAGAUGCAGAUCUGGACCAGGUUCAGGCCAAGAUUCGGGACAAGCUGCCAACGCCUAACGCACCAUUGUGUUAUGAUUUCUUAGGAAAUCCCUCCCACAAUGGACUGUUCUGCCGUAUCGUCCGUGGCGAGGAGCAACAGUGGCGGGUGUGGGAGGACAGUGAUCAUGUGGCUUUCCUCACUCCCUACCCUAAUACACCUGGACUCACAGUUCUAGUGCCACGUAAACCACUGCCAAGCAACAUUUUCUGUCUGGAAGAGACUGAUUACACAUCACUGAUCCUGGCCACUCGUAAAGUAGCUGGGCUGCUGGAGGAAGGAAUGCAUGCUCGAGGUGUUGCACUCAUCUUUGAGGGCUUUGAGAUUGAUUAUGCCCAUGUCAAGCUGAUACCUCUGGUUCCUCCACGUGGUGACAAGACUGCUGAGAUGUUCCCAGAGUACUUCCAAAGCUACCCCGGGUAUGUCUCAUCUGCCGAUGGCCCUCCCGCCAGCCCUGAAUCUCUAAAAGAAAUCCACAUCAAAAUCACACAUUGCAGGCCUCCUCGUUCCUGGGAGGACCCACAGAGCCACUCCAUGUUAGCCAUCAAGAGCCAGUGGUACCGCAAUCUCUUUCAAAUUCAAAAUACCCUCUUCCACAGCACAGUGGAGUACUUCAACAAGACCUGUCAGUACGCGUACGCCCUGACUCCUCUCACCACUGACACAAUCUCCUCUCCGAUGGGCCUGGGAUCAGACUCCGAGCCCGUUUACGUCAACUUGCUGGGGCAGGAUGUGUACUUGGCUGACUCCAUGCAAUUUGUGCUGGAGUAUUUCUUGCGAUUCCAAGAGAACUUGCCGGGGGCAUACUAUAUAUCGCCAAGUUUUCGGGGAGAAGAUCCAGAUGCCACGCAUCUUAACCAGUUCUACCAUGUUGAGUGUGAGCUCCUGGGUGACAUGGAUACUGCCAUGCACAUAGCUGAGGGAUACUUGGCUCAUCUCACCAAUGCGAUGCUGAAAAAACACUCCAACAUCAUCCUGAACUCUGCUGGAACCCUUUCACAUGUACAGGACUUACUGGAGAAGUUGGAAGGAGGAGCCGCUCUCCCAAGAGUCACUCUGGACAAGGCCAUCCCUAUGAUGCCCUCCCCAGACUGCUUGGAGUGGGUACAGGACGACCAGCCCCAGUUUGGCAGGAAGUUAACCCGCAAAGGAGAAAAGGUUUUGAUUGAGAAGUACGGAGGCGCUGUUUGGCUGACAGAGAUGGACCACCUGGGAGUGGCUUUCUAUCAAGCUUAUGUGGAGGGCUCUGGCAGACGCAAGGCAAAAGCAUCGGACCUCCUCUUGGGAUUGGGAGAGACUCUGGGUCUUGGGGAGCGUCACCCCAACCCCGAGAUGGUGCAAGAAGCCCUGAGACAUCACGCUGUCCCAGAGGAAUCCUACAAGUGGUACAUCAACAUGCGGCAGGUCAUUCCUCUACUCACCAGUGGGUGGGGCAUGGGCACAGAGCGCUAUUUGUGUUGGCUGCUUCAGCAUAAUGACAUCAGAGACAUACAUAUUAUACCCCGUUUGAAGGCUAGGAAAUACAUGCCUUGAAAUAUCCCUAACCCAUUAGUUACUCAAAGACUGAUCAAAUGACUUAAAUGUAAAUGAAAAAGUUCCCCUAACUGUCAGCUCUUUCAUCGAACGUCCUAAGGGAUGCAUAGAAAGCGAGACAACAUAUCUAUAAAACUCUGAAAGUAUACUAUAACACUAGGAACAAGAGAUGAGUUGCAGUUAUGAGAGAGCAGUGAUUGUGUGUUGAAAAUGUGCUGAUUGUGUAGAUGAGGAAGGGCAACAAAUAGGAGGUAUUUCCUAUCAUAUACCUUUGUAUAUUUUCAUAUACAGGACCAGUCAAAAGUUUGGACACACCAACUCAUUCAACGGUUUUUCUUUAUUUUUACUACUUUUGACAUUGUAGAAUAAUAGUGAAGACAUUAAAAAUAUGAAAUAACACAUGGAAUCUUGUAGUAACCAAAAGUGUUAAACAAAUCCAAAUAUAAUUUAUAUUUGAGAUUCUUCAAAGUAGCCACCCUUUGCCUUGAAAUAUAUUUUUAAAGGACACCAAUAAGAAGAAGAGACUUGCUUGGGCCAAGAAACACGAGCAAUGGACAUUAGAUCGGUGGAAAUAUGUCCUUGGUCUGAGUCCAAAUUAGAGAUUUUUGGUUCCAAUCACCGUGUCUUUGUGAGACACACAGUUGGUGAACGGAUGAUCUCUGCAUGUGUGGUUCCCAUCAAGAAGCAUAGAUGAGGUGUGGGGGUGCUUCGCUGGUAGCACUGUCUGUGAUGUAUUUAGAAAGGCACACUUAACCUGCAUGGCUAUCACAGCAUUAUGCAGCGAUACACCAUGCCAUCUGGUUUGCGCUUAGUGGGACGAUCAUUUGUUUUUCAACAGGACAAUGACCCAACACACCUCCAGGCUGUGUAAGGGCUAUUUGACCAAGAAGGAGAGUGAUGGAAUGCUGCAUCAAAUGACCUGGCCUCAACAAUGGUUUGGGAUCAGUUGGACUGCAGAGUGAAGGAAAAGCAGCCAACAAGUGCUCAGCACAUGUGGGAACUCCUUCAAGAAUGUUUAGCAAAGCAUUCCAGGUGAAGUUGGUUGAGAGAAUGCCAAAAGUGUGCAACGCUGUCUUCGAAGCAAAAGGUGGCUACUUUGAAAUCAAAAUAUAUUUUGAUUUGUUUAACACUUUUUUGGUUAUUACAUAGUUUGUCAUCACCAUUAUUCUAUGAUGUAGAAAAUAGUAAAAAAUAAACACCCUUUAACGAGUAGGUGUGUCCAAACUUUUGACUGGUACUGUAUAGACAAGCCAAUUGUACCAAAUAACAUUUUUUUUCUAAAGCAAGAUUUUGUUACAUGUAGAAACAUUGGUCUGUCUGUAAUUCUUUAAAGUAUCUGUGUAAAUUAUUCUAUUUAAAACUCUUAAUCAUUCUCUAUCCAUGUUACAAAAUAUCUGGUUAAAUGAGAAAUAACUUCGUUCAAUUCACACAAAAUAAUUACUGUUCACAGGCAUGUCAACUGUCUAAACAAGUGAGAGAAGAUAUUUGUUAACAUAACACAUCGGUCAAGGUGGACACUUCUCUGCCCUAUUUAAGAAAAUGGAGGUUUUGUGUAUGAUUAUAAAAACACUUGAGAAUACCAUACUUGUGUGAAAUUUCAAGUAUUGAUUAUUAUGAGGUGAAUUGUUGUUUGUUUUAUAUGUAUGAUCCUUUCAAUUGUUUCCUCUAUUACCAAGGCGUUAAUAAACACUGUCUUGGUCAGCCAUCAA